UUAUAACCGUCAAAUAUAAUUCAAACUUUUUGUAAACAAAUCAAGCAUUGCGGACAAUAAGUUGAAGUGAGCUUAAUUUCAGUGAAUUUAAUUAAAUAAGGUGAACGAGGUAUAUAAAUUGAAUGAAACUAUUGAAUAUCAUUACAAAAUCAUUCAUAGCGUGUAGAUUUAUUACAAAGAUGUCAUUAUUACCGUCAAAAAUAUCGAUAACAUCGACUUUUAAGCGUGAAGAUUUUACAAAAACACUUUCUGUACCAAUUUUAAAGACUGAUGGUAAAAAUGUUGAUUUAAAUAGUGUAGUAAAACUACUUAAGGCCUGCUUACUAAAAGUUCAAAAGUUUCAAGCAGUAAAAGAUGGAAAAAUUUUCCUUAAUCCUGAUAAAGUGAGAUGUUUUGAACAACUUCCAGUUGAUGAUUUAAAAAAAUCCGGAAUUAACUGUAGCUCAUUUGGGUUCGAAGAUAUAACAUUAUCUUAUGAUAAUUGGAAAGCCGAUGAAUUGAUAAGAGCGAUAAUUCCCGAUAAUUUGGAAUCAGCAGCAUCUUUUUCGCGGAUUGGUCACAUUAUUCACUUAAAUUUAAAAGAUGAAUUACUUCCAUACAAAGCAGCAAUCUCACAAAUAUUCUUGGAUAAGACUCCAAAUUGUCGCACAGUUAUAAACAAGGCACAGAGUAUCGAAAACACUUACAGGAAUUUUCAAAUCGAGCUUUUAAGGGGAGAUGACGAUUAUCAAGUUCAAGUCAAGGAAAAUGGAAUAACAUUUGAAUUUGACUUUUCAUCUGUUUAUUGGAAUCCACGACUUAGCACAGAACAUGAGCGAUUAGUAAAGCUAUUGCAUCCAAACGAUUAUUUUUAUGAUGUAUUUGCUGGAGUUGGUCCGUUUUCGGUACCUGCUGCAAAACGUCGAGUUAAUGUUCUUGCGAAUGAUCUCAAUCCACAUUCUUUUAAAUGGCUUGAGUAUAAUAUAAAGAAAAAUAAAUGUGAAAAUUAUGUGAAAACAUUCAACAAAGACGGACGUCAAUUUAUUAUUCAUGAUAUUAAAGAAAAUUUGCUAACAAGAAUUGAGCAAAGAUUAAUUGAUCCAGUUGAUUAUUCUAUUCAUAUAGCCAUGAAUCUUCCAGCAUUGUCAGUGACAUUUUUAAAUUCAUUUGUAGGGCUUUUAAAAGGAAACGGUAGAAGCAUAAAAAAUUCGCAUUCGAUUCCAACACCUAUUAUUCAUUGUUAUCUGUUCGUAAAAGGUAUUGAUGAUUCGAAAUGUAUGGCACAAGAACUCGUUGAAAAACAUUUUGGCUUCAAACUCAUCCCUAAUGAUACUUUGAAAGAAAUUUCUUUCGUUAGAAAUGUCGCUCCAAAUAAGGACAUGAUGCGUGUCGAUAUAUUUCUAACUUCAGACAUUUUAUUUGAUAAUAUCUCUCAAAAACGCUUGAAUGAUUCAUGCAAUAAUGAUGAUGAUGAUGAUGAAGUUCCAUCCAAAAAGUCAUGUUUCAAAAAUGGGAAAGAACAAGAAGAAGCAGAACACCCAACAAAAACAACAAACAAACAAGAAGACCAAAAGCAUCUUUAAAGUUGCAACAAGCAGUAGCAACAAAAAGUCUCAAAAGAAAACUAAAGAAAUCCCGAAUAAAUUAAAACAGCUCGACUUGAAGACGAAAGAUAAAGCAGACAAUCAAUUAAAAGAUUUACAUCUCAAGAUGGUCUCUAAAAAAGACAUACAAGUUGAGCCUAAAGCUGUAGGCAAGAAGAAAAGAACAGCGCCAAAUACUAAAGAAGUACAAGAUACGUUAGAUAAAAUGGAUGUAAAGUGAAGAACACUAAUAUUUUAACAUUCAAAUAAAUAUAUUGUAUCUCAGGAUGACUUUCAAUCACCUAAACGCUUGUUGAAUACAUUUUAACUUCCAGGAUUUUUCUUAAGUUGUUGAUGUGCAUCUCGUUUUUAAAUAAAAUACUGGUUUUAUCAUAGAAUAUACUUC